CUCAAAGCUUUCUUUGUCUGUUUCAUCCAUGGAAGAAGACAAUCGAGGGUCUCGCAGAAAGGACAAGGAAGGAGGAGGACAAGAAGGCACUAAAGAUGUCAGAUACAGAGGAGUGAGAAGGCGUCCAUGGGGGAAAUUCGCAGCAGAGAUACGCGACUCUAACAGGAAUGGAGCUCGGCUAUGGCUUGGGACUUUCACCACUGCGGAAGAAGCUGCCAGGGCUUACGACAGAGCCGCUUUCUCCAUCAGAGGACCCUUUGCCAUUCUCAACUUCCCUAGCGAGUACCCUGCGCUCGAAGGUCUCUCUGUUCCUUCUUCUUCUUCUUCAACGGCGUCGUUUCCUGGUUCUUCUUCUUCUUCUUCGUGUUCUUCGUCUUCGUCCUCGUCUUCGUAUCGAAAUGCCGAAACGCAGCGUGGGAGAGAGGUUUUCGAGUUCGAAUACUUGGAUGAUAAGUUAUUGGAUGAGCUUCUUGAUUUUGAGAACAAAGGAAAUCAAGACUGAUUUUUAUUUUUUAUUUUUAAAAAAAAUAAUUAUUAUAAAUAUUUAUAGUUUUGUUACUAAAAAACAGAGCAUAACAGAGUAAUGUCAAGUUAACCUUUUUAAUACCAUAAUAUAAUGCAUGUGU